GAUCCCAUGAGAAAUCCACGUCACUGAUAUUCACAUAACCUACAUUUGGUUAUUUACGUUGAAGAAAAAGUCUGUAAGAUAAAUAAAACGAAGAUGAUGUCCGAAAAAGACUACGCACCUCUCAGUCCAGCCUGUGUCCGGGCACUUCACGACAAGCUCUACGAUAAGAGAAAAACUGCUGCAUUAGAGAUCGAGAAAAUGGUAAAGGAAUUUGCAAGUUUGAAUAAGACAAACGAAAUUAAAAGACUCCUGAAAGUGCUCGGACAGGAUUUCGCAAACUCUACAAAUCCACAUGCAAGGAAAGGGGGACUUAUUGGUCUUGCCGCUAUUGCUAUUGCUUUAGGAAGGGAUACUUCACUCUACACCGAAGAGUUAAUCUAUCCGAUAGUAGCACGUUUUAGCGACCCAGACUCUCGAGUGAAGUAUUACGCCUGUGAAUCACUGUAUAAUGUUGCAAAAGUAGCUAGAGGUGCGGUUUUGCCACAGUUUUCACAAAUUUUUAGUGCCUUAAGUAAAAUUGCAACAGAUUCCGAGCAAAGUAUUAAAAACGCCUCGGAGUUAUUGGAUCGCCUUAUGAAGGAUAUUGUCACGGAGAGUCCUUCAUUUGAUUUGCCAGCUUUUAUGCCGUUGCUUCGCGAACGUAUAUACACCAAAAGUUCCUUUGCCCGACAAUUUGUCAUAUCGUGGAUAUCGGUGUUGGAUGCAGUCCCCGAUAUCGAUUUAAUCAUUUAUCUUCCGGAGAUAUUAGACGGCUUAUUUAAGAUAUUAGACGACCCUAUGUUAGAAGUGAAGAAAAUGUGUGACACGGUACUUGGAGAAUUUCUACGCAGCAUUAAGAGUAAUCCGGCUCGAGUGGAUUUCGGUAGUAUGAUUAAUAUUUUAAUCGGUCACGCACAAGAGAAAAAUGACGAAAUCUUACAGUUUACGGCAAUUACAUGGAUUAAAGAGUUCGUUCAACUGUCUGGACCGUUAAUGCUUCCUUACAUGUCCGGAAUUUUUACUGCCGUAUUGCCGUGUUUGGCGUAUGAUGCGGAUUCACGCAGAAUGACAGACAUUAAGGAAACCGCAACUGCUGUGAAUCACACUUUAAUGAAAUUGGUCUCCUUGCAAGUAGAACAAGGGGCCACGGCGGUAAGAACUGCAGGAGGUGAAGACAACGAAGUACGGGGCCAACUCGAUCUGCCAUCUGUUGUCGAAGUUUUAACCCAGCAUAUCGCCCAUAGUUCUGUUCAAACUAAGGUCGCGGUUUUACGAUGGAUUCAUCACUUGUACAUCAAGUUACCGAAUAAGAUGUUUAGUUAUAUCGAUAUAUUAUUUCCCGCUUUAUUGCGAACUUUAGCUGAUCCGGCGGACGAGGUGGUACAGCAGUGCCUGGUGGUAAUUGCAGAAGUAAUAUCCGCUCCGGCUGGGGAAGUUUCGCAAGACUUGUCCAAAACACAGGCACCAAUAAGAGAAGCAUCACCAGAUGUGAACUCAUACUAUACAAAAUUUCUCAUUUCGUUACUUAAUUCAUUUAGCGCUGAUAAACACCUGUUAGAAGAGCGAGGCUCGUUCAUCAUAAGACAGUUAUGUGUUUUACUUAACGCGGAAGACAUCUACUGGACGUUGGCGAAAAUUUUGCUGAAAGAUUCAAAUUUGAAAUUUGCCAGCUUAAUGGUCGGUACCCUUAAUAUGAUCUUACUUACAUCUUCUGAAUUGUUCGAGUUACGGAAUAAACUUAAGGAUCUAAACACUAAGGAAUCCUGCACACUUUUUUGCUGUUUGUAUGAAACAUGGUGUCAUGAUCCCGUUGCGACUGUCGCCUUGUGUCUUUUAACGCAGUGUUACAAACAUAUAUGUGAUCUUAUAAAAGUGUUGUAUCCUUUGAGAACUUCUUUACAUUUUUCAUUCUUUUCCUUAACUGUAUAUAGCGGUAAUAUAGAAGUGACCGUAGAGUUUUUAACCGAAAUCGAUAAAUUAGUUCAAUUGAUCGAAUCUCCGAUUUUUGCAUAUUUGAGGUUAGAAUUACUGGAAGUACCAUGCGAUCAACAUUUAGUGAGAGCCUUGUAUGGUCUUUUAAUGCUACUACCUCAAACGGAAGCGUUCCAAACGUUAAGGACUCGCCUUGCUUGCAUUCCUAGUUUACACUUAGAAUGUACUCAUAGAAGAGAAGCAGCGACAGUGCCAAAAAAAUUACCAGAGAAAUUGAAGGAAAUCGAUUUUAAGAAACUUUUAGCCCAUUUUAAUGAAGUACAAGCUCGCCAUAAGGAUCACAAAAAAUCCACAAGGGCUCAGAAGUUAGCAGUUCUUCAAAAAGCGAAUGUCGACAUUUAAUGACAUGAUUUUCUUGGUAUUUCAGUACAGUACCUGCUCACAAUAUGGAUUGUGACGUUUAAUUUUUCGUACUGCAAAAUGCAUUCCAUAAUCUUUUGCUGAUAUAUUGAUUUGUUCAAGAAUAGAGUACUUCUCCGAAAAUGAUAGUACUUUAAUUGGCCACAAUUAAUUAGCGGCACAGCCUAGGCCCAACUGAGCUUAUUAGUUAAGUACGGUUGGUAUUGCCAACAAUAGCCAAAGAUAAAAUACAUGGUAUUUAACUAUGUUCUUUUUUAUUAAUUGUACAUUGUUUACAAAAUAAAUAUUGAAAGUUAUUAA